UUUUCAGUUACAUCAUUCGCUGCGACACCUCUCUGAACUGGGCAAUAAAUCAUUCAAAAGAAGGCAACUUUCUUAAGGUCAGACGGAAUACUCUGAUUUAUUCCGAAAUUUACGUCACUGGAUUCAUAUCAGAGGCUUGAAUAGUAAAAGCACAGCAGUCAGAACCAUCUCCAACAAUGGCAGACAAGCGAGUUGCGGAGUCGUUUAGUUCUAAGAAUGCUGAGAAUGGCGCAGCACCACCGCGCAAGAAGCUGAUGAAGACUGACCGCCAGGCUGGGCUUACACCCAUGGAAGAAUUGAAGGAAAAGGCCGAUAGGUUCGGACUGGACCUUAUCGGCGACAGCUUUGCCAAGAAGAUGGAUGAGCUUGAUCAUUUAGCCCCGCUGAGAAAGGAAUUUAUCCUGCCGAAGAUGAAUGAACUGCCUGAUGUUGAUCUAUCUCUGGUUGAUAAAGACGACGAGUGCAUCUAUUUCUGUGGGAACUCGCUUGGCCUGCAGCCCAAAGGACUCAAGCUCUAUCUCGAUGCUGAGCUGGAAAAAUGGGGCAAAGUGGGAGUGCAUGGUCAUUUCACCGGUCAGAUACCUUGGGCUUUCUGUGAUGAAGUUCUUGCUGCUGACAUGUCUAAUAUUAUAGGUUGUAAGGAAGAUGAAUUAGCAAUCAUGAAUGGUCUUACUGUCAACUUACAUCUAUUAUUGAUGUCAUUUUAUCAGCCCACGAAGAAAAGACAUAAAAUUCUCAUUGAAUCAAAAGCCUUUCCAAGUGAUCAUUAUGCGGUGGAGUCUCACAUACGUCUCAACGGGUAUGAUCCAGCAACGAGUCUUAUUUGCGUGGAACCAAGAAAAGGAGAGUAUGAUUUAAGAACUGAGGACGUGUUGAGUAUGAUUGAGAAGGAAGGGGAUAGUAUAGCGGUCAUCUUGCUCGGCGCCCUGCAGUAUUAUACUGGUCAGCUCUUCAACAUGCCGGUCAUCACUAAAGCUGGACAUACAAAGGGUUGUUAUGUCGGCUUUGAUCUAGCUCAUGCAGUAGGUAAUGUCGAGCUCCAUCUUCAUGACUGGGAGGUAGACUUUGCAGUCUUUUGUACGUACAAGUAUCUGAAUUCUGGCGCUGGAAGUCAUGGCGGUGCUUUUCUUCAUUCUAAACUGGCUCAGUCCAUGGAACCCAAAUUGGUUGGAUGGUGGGGCCACAAAUUUAAGAGCAGGUUUCAAAUGAACAAUGAGCUGGAGUUAUCCCCAGGCAUUGCUGGCUAUCGCAUCAGCAAUCCCUCCAUCUUUGCUACGUGUCCUUUGAGAGCAAGUCUAGAUGUGUUCCGUAUGACCAGCAUGGCCGAGCUGCGCGCCAAGUCGAUGGUCCUGACGGGGUACCUGGAUUACCUCUUGGGUCAUCACUUUGGCAAGAACAGCGCCCAUCGGAAGAGUAAGGAGUUCAUUACCAUCCUGACCCCCUCCAACCCCGAGGAUAGGGGUGCCCAACUGUCCCUCUACUUCUCCAUUCCGAUCAAGAGGAUCCACAGUGAGAUGACCAAGAGAGGCAUUGUGUGCGAUGAGAGGAAGCCCAACGUGAUUCGCAUUGCUCCUGCUCCCCUGUACUGUAACUAUAUGGACGUGUGGAGAUUCAUGGACGCCCUUCAAACCAUCAUGGAUAUCGCCGAGAACCAGCCCGAUCUGGACUCAGAGCUUGACUGAUAGAACCGGUCCGAUCCAGAACCUCGUUAAAGGCUCGCUCAGAUAUGACGUCGCAAAACCACAGUUUUUUUUCAAAAUGAUGACUUAAAGCCCCUAUGCACUAGUUUGGCAUAGAGGGAUUAGACCAUGGACCUAACUCCC